AUGUUCAGACAUCUGGCAAUUCUACUGCUCCUUGCCAACGUUGCCUUCAUCGAAACGUCGAAAAUCCAAAAUGUUUUGAAACAUUUGGGAAAGCGAUACAUGCCAGCGCAUCAAAUCAAACCGAGAGAUGAUUUGAAACCUUCGCUUUUUUCAGAUUUCACCGACUCCGGUGCCUAUCGAGCACUAACUGAAGAAGAAGUUCUCGAGGAGAAAAACAGAACUGCUUAUGAAAUUGUGUCUCUAUUCGUAAUGGCAGCAUCUGCAAAUAACACAGGAUAUGAAACAGCUGUUACUAGACUUGAACAAAGAAUGGAAGCGGAUUUUGUCGCUGAAAUUUGUGGAGAUUCGAAGCAAAUGAAUUAUUACCAAUACUGGAAAUAUUUGGCGCACAAUGCGGCACUAUACAUCCCUGGUGCACAGUUCAAGGAGAAUUAUGCUAUUUUGAAAACGGAUCGAUUCGAAUUGAAAUUCAGCUUCAACAUUUAUCGAAGAGAUACGAUGGGUCAUCGCAACGGCAAUGUGUUCGGUCUCUACCGUAUUGUUCAAGGUGGGGAUUGUCCGGAUAUUGGAAAAGUUAGUCACUCGAAUAGAGAUUCAUUCGAUUUGAUUAUGGAUGAAGUCGAAGGAAUUAACGGGCAUAACAGAACAAAGAAGUUUUUGGAUCUGUUCACUCCACAACCAUGGCAAUUAGAGCAUAACCAUCCGAAUGAUCUACCGGCCACUUGGUUGUAUAAAUUCGAUCUGAAAGAGACAAAAACAUUUGUUUGUCAAGAAGAUGUUAAAGAUAUGGUCGAAUACACUAUUUCUCAAUUCGCUUCCUGGUAUUUCCAUUUCGGAACAAUGUGGCAUCCGGAUGCAAAAAUGGAUUUAAAAGAGGCAUUCCAAUUGCAGGUGACCCAGUUUCAAGAGGAUAAUAUUGUGGCGAGGACUACCAUGAAACUUCAAAUGGGAGUAACUCCAGAUGCUCCAGUUAGAGAUUGGAAUUUUAAGUUUCAAGCGAAAAACAAAGGAGGAGAGGACUGGGUUAUCGAUCGAGUGGAAGUGCUGUGCAACCCGGAAGUCAAAUAUAAACAGGAAUCUCUUUCCGCAAUUCGUGAUAUUGUUGCAAGAAAGUUUGUGGAUUACGUGGAAGAGCAGAACGUCACUCAAUGGUAUUCCACUAUUGACUUUGUGAAGGAGUUCUCGCAAAAUGGGAAAGUGGAAUACGAUUAUUGUGAUGGGGGAACUAUCACCAAGACUACUCAACUUCAGUUGUUCACACACGACAUGGGUCAAGCUCACAGUACUCGAUUCACGAAAUAUUGGAUCGAUAAUGAAAUAGAACCGACUGAGAAGGCUCCCGAUACCCACGAUUUCCAUUUCAAAACAAUGUCAACUGCAGCUACGGAAAAUCCAGAGUUUGAAUAUGAACAUGAAUGGACCGUCAAUUUCAAAUGGGAUCAGAUGGACCAAUUCUAUCAUAUUGACAAGCUGACAAUGGGAUGUGAAAAGGAAUACAAGGACGGAGAAGCUACGGCAGCGAACUACAUGAUCUUUAACUUUGGUGGAUAG